UCCACCGGUGGACAAGAUGGCAGCGUGGGAUCCUUUUAGCGAUGAACUUGAGGACAUUAUAGAGACGGUGGAGCUACGCGUGCGCACUGAUGUCACCAUCUCCUUCCCGGCCCUGACUCGGGCUCGCUCGACGCAGGGGAAGUCAUGCUGCCGGGCGAGCCCUCCCCCAUCCUCUAGGAGCCAACCGAUCCCGACCCGUAGCCGCGUAGAGGUCUCCACCGUAGCCGCAUCAAUAGCCAUGGAGCUAGCCAAUAGGAAAGACAUGGGGAAAGAAGACUCCUUUACCCCGCUUGCCUUAGCCGCCACCCCGGACGUACGGGAGGUGAAGCCCGUGCAAUGUGUGCCAACAUCCACCGUGGGCACGGGCUACACCUCAUACCGCAAACCGUCCCGGUUCCGACGGUUUGCCUUGGAUACAGACAUCCAUGGCAUGAAACACCUCAUCAAGCGGGGACCGAUCCGGCGUACCGCCUGGGUGCUCAUGCUACUCCUCUCUCUCGGCCUCAUGUCCUUCGAGUGCAUGGAAAGCCUUAUCUAUUACUUUGAGUUCCACCACGUCACCAAAGUGGAGCUUCAGUACACGAACAACAUGACCUUCCCGGCGGUAACUAUCUGUAACAUGAACAAAUACCGGAGGUCAGCGCUUGGCAUGAGGGAUCUGGCCACUGUCGGGCCGUACAUAGGGAUAGUGGAUCGGCAACAAUUCACGCUACAGCAGGAACACUUAUAUCCCAAGGCUUGGGUGGACAAGGUCAAGAACGAGAAUUUAAAGGCGCUGUCUAAGAUGACGACUGGUCAACAAAACUUUGCGGUUUUCGUGGAGCGAGUCGGCCAUCAAAAGGAGGACAUGAUUGUCAACUGCGAAUGGAGAGGAAGCCCAUGCUCGGCAAAAAAUUUCACCCACACCUUCACGCAUCUCGGCAACUGCUACACAUUUAACGGAAUGACUCUCUCAAGGAAAGUGCUUUCUUCUAGCAAACCAGGGGAAGGCAAUGGACUUAAAGUGACCAUCAACAUCGAGAAUGACGAGUACAUGGCAACCAAUGACGUCGCCGGAGACGCAAUGGAUGCCGGGAUAAAGGUCAUGGUUCAUCCCCAACAUGAACCGCCAUUUGUUAAAGAGUUAGGCUUUGCGGUAUCACCAGGGUUUCACACGUUCGUGGCAAUCAGGAAAGAAGUGAUAACGACGCUCCCAGCACCAUACGGCAACUGUCAGCAAAGGGGUGGCCAGAAGUACUACCCAGAUUAUUCGCUGUCGGCGUGCCGGAUAGAGUGUGAAACCGAACACGUCGUACAUGAGUGCGGGUGUCGUCUCGUUGAAAUGCCAGGUGAACAUGUACCCGUGUGUACGCCGGAAAGGUACCAAUGUGCAUACGAAAAGCUAGGGAUAGUGGAUCGGCAACAAUUCACGCUACAGCAGGAACACUUAUAUCCCAAGGCUUGGGUCGACAAGGUCAAGAACGAGAAUUUAAAGGCGCUGUCUAAGAUGACGACUGGUCACCAAAACUUUGCGGUUUUCGUGGAGCGAGUCGGCCAUCAAAAGGAGGACAUGAUUGUCAACUGCGAAUGGAGAGGAAGCCCAUGCUCGGCAAAAAAUUUCACCCACACCUUCACGCAUCUCGGCAACUGCUACACAUUUAACGGAAUGACUCUCUCAAGGAAAGUGCUUUCUUCUAGCAAACCAGGGGAAGGCAAUGGACUUAAAGUGACCAUCAACAUCGAGAAUGACGAGUACAUGGCAACCAAUGACGUCGCCGGAGACGCAAUGGAUGCCGGGAUAAAGGUCAUGGUUCAUCCCCAACAUGAACCGCCAUUUGUAAAAGAGUUAGGCUUUGCGGUAUCACCAGGGUUUCACACGUUCGUGGCAAUCAGGAAAGAAGUGAUAACGACGCUCCCAGCACCAUACGGCAACUGUCAGGAAAGGGGUGGCCAGAAGUACUACCCAGAUUAUUCGCUGUCGGCGUGCCGGAUAGAGUGUGAAACCGAGCACGUCGUACAUGAGUGCGGGUGUCGUCUCGUUGAAAUGCCAGUUGAAUAUGUAAGAGAAGAUUUUUCUCUCUUAAUUCAUUACACAAAGACUUUAAAUCUAGACUAUUUGUUCAUUUCUCUUUUUUACAGUGACAACAUUGCGGUUCUAAACGUUUACUACGAGGCUUUAAACUACGAGUCGAUCGUACAGAUCCCAGCCAUCGAGACAGAGGGGUUAUUAGGUGACCUUGGCGGGCAGAUGGGACUUUUUCUGGGCGCGAGUUUCCUUACACUGGUGGAGGUAUUCGAAUAUCUUAUGGACGAGCUCUAUGGGAGGGUGCUCAAGAAAUGUUGCCGGUGCAAGGCUACCGCAUCUGCCCAUACUACGUCUCCAUCAGCCGACGUGCUGAGUGUGAACAUCAACGGCAGUGCGACACAGCUCCCACAGACUAGUCGCGCAUGACUAGAGCCGGGCGACGGCACAAUGUCGUGCCUGGUCUCCACGCAUUGCGCAUGCGCAGGGAGAAAAUUUGGCUGCCUGUGUACGGACUCUGGUGGGGAUUGUUUCUGUGGGUCAAAGGUCGCGACGGCUGAUUCGGAACUGUGAUAAACUCGUUUAUAUCUCUUUAACACCUACACACUGCGAGUCUGCUGAACAACAGCAACCGUAUUGUGGGGGUUGCUGCUACGAGGCAGGUCGUCAAAAAGUCUCUUACGAGAGAACCUGUUACCUUUGUCAGUCUUUCCAGGAAAGAAGGGGUACCUUUUGUAUGUGUUGCAAACUGUAAAGAGACAUCAUGCUGUCUCAGCAGAAUGUUACAGCUUACGGCAACGCUAGAAGGUGAAGUUGUAGUUGUGAGCUUAUCCGGACCAUUCAAACUGAAGAUAUCAAAAUCCCUCAACAUUUCGUUGAGGUCUAUUGUCUUUACAAAAGCUCAUCCUAGAGAGAAGGGGUUUAUUGAUGCCCUGUAUAGUGGUCGCCACUUCUCGCUAUUGCUAGACAAGAUGACGAACAAUUGAAUCUUCUUGCAAACCCUCCCAAAAUCGUUGCGCUCCUCUGUGUAGCAUCUGUUCGAGUAAUCAAGAAGAUUGGACCUUGUCGUGCUUAUGGGCUUUUGUAUCCAAUGAGAAGUAGGAUGUACUAUUUUGUACUAGACGUUUUAAGUCGAUACAUGGCUGUCGUAGACAACAUUUGCAGGAGACCACAAUUACUUUUUAUGUCUGUACUUUUGAUUUUGUCAAUGCUUUUGUGCGAUCUGGGCUUCGCACAGUCUUUAAAACUACAAGUAUUGUUUUCAACAACACCGUUUUCUCCGAUAGUCAGUACUUGUGAUCACCCAGGUCGGAGAGUGGCCAUGAGUAAAGACUGUUGGAAUACAAAAUUAUAUUAUUAGAAGGGUAAUGUAUUAGAGUUUUCUUCUCUUGCAUUGCCCUCAAAGUGGAUUGAUAUACUCACAAUUAAUC